GAUUUGGGAACAUCUGUGGUUAAGGUUCUUUCCGUGGCACAAAUGCUUUUCCUUCUAUUUUUGUUUGUUUUGUCGUGCAAACAUCAAUCAUCAAUGUCUUGUUGAAUGAUCAACCACUUCAAAUAUCUCACUGUUUUCAGAAGAAACUUUCAAUCUCUGAUCACAAAUUCCAAAGAAGAAUCCAUGGCCCAGUUCACUACACACGGUCGCUUGAAGCUGCUCUUCAAUGGGGAAGUUGGGUCAUCCAUUUUGGAGCACAACAAGGACCCUUUUCACUACAAGUGCAGCAGAUCAGCUCUGACACGCAAGAGAAGGCCAACAAGGUACAUGGGUUCUUCAGCUGGAGGAAUUCUUCGAUAUGCAACUUCAUCUAUGAGAAACAAAGCCAACCGUUGCAAUGCGGAGGCGCGCUUCACUGCUGGCAAUGAGGGUGUGCAUGAUGAAUAUGAAUAUGAUUCUGAUGGUGUUGAGGAUUUUGAUUAUGAAGAUGAUGUGUUUGGGUUUGAUGGAGAUGGCUUGUCUUGUUUCCGGGGUCUGGUAUUGGAUUUAGCUUACAGGCCAGUCAAUGUUGUAUGCUGGAAACGUGCCAUAUGUUUGGAGUUUAUGGAGAAGGCUGAUGUACUUGAGUAUUAUGAAAAGACUGUGAACUCCCCCAGUGGAUCUUUUUAUAUACCAGCUGUCUUAAGGGUUCCUCAUUUACUUCAGGUUGUUAAAAGAAGAAUAGUGAAGAACAAUCUUAGUCGCAAAAAUAUACUAUUCAGGGACCAUUUCACCUGUCAGUAUUGCUCUUCGCGUGAGAAUUUGACCAUUGAUCACGUGGUGCCUGCUGCACUAGGUGGAGAAUGGACAUGGGAAAAUCUAAUCAGGGUCCAUUGGCAUUCAAAGGAAGCCCUUAUUGGAAAGCUCCGAAGGUUCUAAUUUAUUCAGGUUCACUUAUUUAUAUUUUAAUAGCAUCUUAGUUUUGUGACUCAAUAUCUUUGCUUUCUGAUGACUAAGAUUAUAAAGAAAUUCUAAUGGAUGCUGCCUUGCUGUGGAUCUAUUGAACUUGAACCUCCACUUGGAGGAGUUUUACUAAGCUUGCCUAAUAGAAGAAUUUUAAGUUUCCUUUGCACGUA